GAGAACAACUUCCGCUUUCGAAGCACCAAGAUCUCGGGACGUUGCAAAGAAGAGAAAGGAGAUUUACUUGCUGUAAUUUUGUCGGUUUCUGAUUUUAUACUCGUUAGCUGUUAGCAGACGUUUAGUUGCGUUGCCGCCAGCCUUCUUUUUGAGGUAUUUCUUGUUUCCAGCUGCCAUGCGCGAUCCCGUACGCACCGCACUCUUUGUGUGUGUGUUCGUCAGCACAGCGGCCAAUCAUCAGUUUACCGAAGAAGAGAUGCACGAUGUCAGACAACGAAUCAAAGGUAUGUUCUACCACGCCUACAACAGUUACCUGGAUAAUGCCUUCCCUUAUGAUGAACUCCGCCCCCUCACCUGUGAUGGGCAGGACACUUGGGGCAGUUUCUCGCUGACACUCAUCGACGCACUUGAUACCUUGCUGGUGCUGGGAAACCAAACUGAGUUUCAACGCGUGGCGUCACUUCUUCAAGACACCAUCGACUUUGACAUUGACAUCAAUGCCUCCGUCUUUGAGACAAACAUCAGAGUGGUGGGAGGUCUGUUGUCUGCCCACUUGCUCUCAGGCCGGGCCGGCAUGCACCUGGAACCCGGCUGGCCGUGUUCUGGGCCACUCCUGAGGAUGGCUGAGGACGCCGCCAGGAAACUACUACCUGCAUUUGAGACCCCUACCGGAAUGCCAUAUGGCACGGUCAACCUGCUGCGGGGUGUCAGUCCUACCGAGACACCCGUCACCUGCACCGCUGGUGUGGGGACCUUCAUCCUGGAAUUCGCCACAUUGAGUCGACUUACCGGCGACACCACGUUUGAGGACACCGCACGUCGGGCACUGAGGGCUCUGUGGAAGACCAGGUCGGACAUCGGACUGGUAAAUGUGGGAAACCACAUCGAUGUAGUCUCCAAAAAAUGGGUGGCGCAGGAUGCUGGCAUUGGUGCUGGUGUAGACUCCUACUUUGAGUAUCUGGUGAAGGGUGCCAUCUUGCUGCAGGAUGAGGAGUUGCUGAACAUGUUCACAGCCUAUGACCGGGCCCUUGAGAACUACACGCGCUUUGAUGACUGGUACUUAUGGGUGCAGAUGCACAAAGGUACCGUAUCCAUGCCCGUCUUCCAAUCCCUGGAAGCGUUUUGGCCUGGCCUACAGACUCUGCUCGGCAAUCUGGACAGCGCUGUCAGAACCUUCCAGAACUAUUACUCUGUGUGGAGGCAGUUUGGAGGUCUUCCCGAGUUUUACAGCAUCUCGCAAGGCUACACAGUGGACAAGAGAGAGGGAUACCCACUUAGACCCGAGUUGAUAGAGAGCGCCAUGUACUUGUUCAGGGCGACCAAUGAUCAUACAUACCUGCAGCUUGGCCUGGAUGCCGUCGAGUCCGUCGAGCGGAUCGCUAAGACACCAUGCGGUUAUGCCAGCGUAAAAGACCUGCGAGACCACCAGCUGGACAACAGAAUGGAGUCCUUCUUCCUGGCUGAAACCAUCAAGUACCUUUAUUUACUGUUUGACCCCACCCACUUCCUGCACAGCAACGGGGCAGAGUCGUGGGUCGAGGGUGGGCCGGAUGGCCGAUGCAUCCUGAACUCGGGGGGCUACAUCUUUAACACGGAGGCGCACCCUCUGGACCCGGCGGCGCUCUACUGUUGCAGCCGCCACCGCCAUGAGCAACAAGAGCUCCGGGAUAUUCUGCUUGGCCUAUCACAGCCCAUAAAAGAACACAGUGACCAAUCGGAAGAGACUUAUCCAAACGGCCAGUCAGAGAGCAUUGCGCUGAAAGCUAGUGAGCGGAAGACUGCCCCUCCGCUGUCGUGUCCUGUUCAGCCUUUUAGCGCUCGACUCUCAAUCCUUGGACAAGUUUUUUCUGAUAACACAUGACCUUGCGUGCUGUGAGAAUUCCUCGCCAAAUGGACAUCACAAUACAUUAUUUAUUAUGACUGUGUGUUUGCUUCAUCAACACCACGAGGGGGCAGUGCACCCUAGGAAAACUCCUUAUUUUCCAUCACUGUCCAUGGUUCCUUCUUCACACUCUGUUCCAAUUACAUGCUCCCAUAUCCACGUUUGCCAUGUCACCUUGUGUGUUCUCAUACCCUUUAUUGUUUCUCGCCACAUAAUUCAAUUAUUUUCCGGUUUCCUCCAAGUCAUAUCCUCCAGAGCUUGACAUUUCUUGCGUUAAUCCCGGUUAUACCCUUCUCCCCAUAGGCGGAGAUUGAAGGGGGGCAGUACCCCCCCUCCCGGAGCCCGCAAUGUCAUUGCAUGUAAUUGAUUUUACUAUAAAUUAAAUUAAAGGGGAAGUUUAGAAUUUUUGGCAUAAGGCUUAAUCUUCUAGUUAGUGGGGAUUUAAUUAGUUGGCGGAGUUGAUUUGAACAAAUUCCAUGCAGUUUUAUGUUUCAAGGCUCCACAGUGGCUUAGCUAGCGCGAGUUAACAGUGCCUGCUUAGCCUACCAAUAAAAAACAACAUGCACACAUGAGAAUCACAGAUAAUCUAUGCAAUAAAUAAUGUUGGCUAUGUUUUUAGGAUAAUGUUAAAACUUAAAUUGCAUGUCAAUAAUUGUAGUAUGAACAGUAACAUUUGUAAUCCAGCAGCUCUGCAGGGAAUAGGUUGUCUAGGCAAACAGGGUGGAGUGAUGUCACAGAUUUUUUUUGUGUAUGUGUUUUGUGGGAACGAAACACUCCCCAGCAGACUAAGCACAAGUGGCCGAAGCACUCCUCUUUAUAGUGGUUGUAUUACGCAUAAGAAAAAAAACAAAUAUAAUGAAAUGAAUUACAGCAGUUUGGCCACAUGGGUAUUUCGAACAACGACGCAUUUUCAAUUUAUUUGUUAGGUCUCACUCGCGCUAACUCAGCCACUCCGGAGCCCUGAAACUAACAAAUAACUGACAAACUGCACGGAAUUUGUUGAAAUCAACUCCGGCGACUAAUUAAACCCCCGCUAACUCGAAGAUUAAGCCUAAUGUCCAAAACUGGGCCAUUUAAAAUAAAGACCUAGACGUAAAAAUGUUGUCUAUAAAGGUUGUAAAGCAAUAAAACAACAACAAGGAAUGAAAUGAACACGAACCCUACAAAGUAUUUCAUAAUCGGUCAAAAUAACUUUUCAAACAGAUCAUGUGACUAGCACCUUAGAGACAGUCCUAUGGUUUACUUAGCCAAAACUACACGUGAGAAAGUAUUUUAAAUUUCUUUAAACUAAAGCUUACAAAGGCUUCAACAACAACUGAGCUUGAACCGAGGAUUUUACAUAAACAGUGUCACGAUGUAGUAUAUACAUGCGUACAUACUACAUAUACUUAUAUUGUAAGUUGAUUUUAUUGCUGACACUGCUUUUUGGGGUCAGCAUGUUUUGCCCCCCACCCCCGCUCCCUCCCACAAAAGUCAAACUCCGCCUGUGAUUUUCACGCCACCCAAUUAGGGUGUGGUUCUUUACUCGUUCAUCUUCAUGACUCCAUCAUGAAACUCCCCCGUGUUUGCUCCAACCAUGCAGAUCAAUGCUUUGAAAGGGGUAAAUUCUGGCAACAAGUGAAACAAAAAGGAAAGAACCUCAAAGACUUUACACUUGGGAACACAAUCUUUGUUGAUUUACUGUAGGUCCGACAGCUGUCCAUAAUAUUUGGCUGCGGCAUCCAAAACUGACGUCGGUUUGUAGCCAUAGGAUCCCUGUUGUCUUAAAACAUAGUGCUUGUUUUACAAAAAUGAUAUUUUAACAAUGAAAUAUGAAAAACACACAUGAAUGUAAUGUUUAACUAUUGUUUUAACAAAAGGUACUGCUACUGUAAUUACAAUUGCGUGCAAGAGUAACAACAUAGGAAACUGGGGGUAAAGUUAACGUGCUAGACAAAAACAUUGCAAUUUUGGAAGCAACUUGCCAAUUUUAGCUUUAAUCAGCAUAAAAAUCUAACAACAGAUUCCCCCCCCAAAUGGUUCCCAGUGUGAUUCGUGGCGUGGAGGAGAGAAAGGUAAAAAUGUUUGCCUUGGCAAAGCUACAACAAGCAAAAAAUGAAUAAAAUGGAAAGGGUGGUAGGAAGUCACUGCUGCGGUGAUUGCAGUACUGUGUAUUACACGUAGGAUAAAUAGGAGGAAGAGUGGUUGGAUGUCAAAAAAAUAAUAUGUGAUCCACCAAGAGUUGUUGCCGACUUGCCGUUUCUGAUGGUGGCAGAAUCAUCACGCCUGUGUCACUUAAGUUGAUUCUGAGAAAAGCAAGUGGCUGGCAUAAUGUUGCUGAUGAAGGGUGAUGUUAACAUUCUUAGCAUAUUGGUCAAACUUUGUUAAACAUUUUCUUACAUUUAUCUUGAUUAGCAAUUUACUGCUGUUAUUAUAUUGGCUAUUUGAUUUCAAAAGUAGUGUAAUAACUAAACUGAUUAAUAGUGACUUGCAAGAAAGAAGAAGGCAUUGAGACCAGGGGUGAAAGUGGCAAGAAUUUCUUGCCGGAACUCCCAGACGUGAAGGUCGCCACGGAGCCAGAAAUGUUAUUCUUUUUAAUUAAUAACUUUUUUUUUUUUUUUUUUCAUUG